AUGGCGGCCGCUGCCUCGGAGCCUGGGCCAGCGCUUUGGGCGGAUUGGCCACGGGCCGGCCCAGAGGACGCCGAGAGGGGGAAGGGAGGGCGGCGGGUGGCCAACGGACUCUCAGCCCCUCGGACCCCGCGGCCCCGCGGGCACCACCAGCCUGGGCUGUCCGGCGCAAGUCACCACCGCUGGUUGAAGCAGGCCUCACUGGCUGUGCUGGUGGUGCAGAACGCCUCGCUGAUCCUCAGCAUCCGCUACGCCCGGACCCUCCCCGGGGACCGCUUCUUCGCCACCACGGCCGUGGUCAUGGCGGAAGUGCUGAAGGGAGCCGCCUGCCUUCUGCUGCUGUUUGCCCAGAAGAGGGUGAAGCACUUUGUGCUCUUCCUGCAUGAGGCGGUCCUGGUCCAGUACGUGGACACGCUGAAGCUGGCCGUGCCCUCCCUCAUCUACACCCUCCAGAACAAUUUGAGUCGUGGCAUCUUACCUGGCCCACCUUGUUCUGCCCGGAAACCGUCCAGGCUGCGGGGGCCCUCCCUGCUCCGUUUCCUGGGUGUGGCCCUGGUCCAGGUCCAGCAGGCAGGUGGUGCAAGGCCCCCGCCCGGGGGUCAGAACCCCCGGGGCGGCCGGGUGGCCGUUUGCGUCGGGUUCCCGGGUGUCCGGAAGAUCCAAAUGGUGGGUGGGUGGCUGGAACUGGAGCUGGGCCUCUUCGGGACUCUGCUGGGCCUGGCAGGGCUGUGGUGGGCCGAGGGCGGGGCCGUGGCCAGUCGAGGCUUCUUCUUCGGCUACACACCGGCCGUGUGGGGGGUGGUGCUGAACCAGGCCUUCGGCGGCCUGCUCGUGGCCGUGGUGGUCAAGUACGCGGACAACAUCCUCAAAGGCUUCGCCACCUCCCUCUCCAUUGUCGUUUCCACAGCAGCCUCCGUCCGCCUGUUUGGCUUCCAGGUGGAUCCGCUCUUUGCACUGGGGGCCGGCCUGGUCAUCGGGGCCGUCUACCUCUACAGCUUGCCCCGAACUGCUGCCGUGGUCACCCCUCCCCCUCUGAACACAGCGCCGCUGGCCAGUGGCCGCCAUGCGGACCCUGAGGAGGAGCCCUUCCUGCCCAAGCUGCUGGCCAAGGAGAAGGGGUCGUAGCUACCCUAUGGUCUGAUGGGGGGGCCGAAGAUUCCCAGCACCUCCCAUGUCUGCUUUGAGGAUACCCUGGUCCUGUCUCUUCCAUGUGGAACUGGAGGCAGCUUCUUCAGUAUUAAGGAGUUAAACACUGUGUCUCCCCCACCCACCCCCCUCAAGGCCCACCUCUGCCAAGUUUGGGCUGAUGGGAACUUCAAGGUCUUCCUCUCUAACUCCUUAGGCUUAAGACUACUGACUUCUGAUCCGGCUCCCUUCAUUGGCUGAGACUUCUACAAAGUAUUGAUUGAGCCAAGUUCUGUAGGGAAUAUUUCCUCUGAAAAUAAAUUUGUAACAGCUUC